AUGGACUUAGCUGGUUCUGAGAGAGUUUCUCUGACGAAAGCUGCUGGUGAGCGUCUUAAAGAGGGGGCUAACAUAAACAAAUCUUUGUCAGUAUUAGGAAAUCAUGUGGCAGACCAGGUUGAUAAGAGGUACUUGAUUAGAUGCAGUUAUAUUGAAAUCUACAAUGAAAAGAUCAAUGACCUCCUGGAUAAGAGCAAUCAGGGUUUAACUAUAAGAGAAGAUAUCAAAGGAAAUGUGCUGCUUGAUGCAAGGGAAGCUGUCGUAGACAAUGUUGAUAAAGUUAUGGAGAACAUGAUGCAGGGCAAUAAGAUCAGACGAGUUGCAGCUACUCGCAUGAAUGAGAGGUCAUCUCGAUCACACACGAUUUUCCGGAUUAUUCUGGAGUCGAAAGAUGCCAAUCAGAAAGAUGGACCUGUACAUAUAAGCUACCUUAACUUAAUGGACUUAGCUGGUUCUGAGAGAGUUUCUCUGACGAAAGCUGCUGGUGAGCGUCUUAAAGAGGGGGCUAACAUAAACAAAUCUUUGUCAGUAUUAGGAAAUGUGAUAAGGCAACUAAGCGAGGGGAAGGAGUUUAUCAGUUAUCGCGAUUCGAAAUUGACUAGACUGCUCUCACAGGCUCUUGGCGGUAAUGCCAAAUCAUUGAUUAUCGGGAAUGAAUGUACAAAUUCAGAUGUAUAUGGAUCUGUAGUAAAACCUUUAGUCGAUUCCUUCAUGGAAGGUUUCAAUGCCACAAUAUUUGCAUAUGGCCAAACAUCUUCUGGCAAAACACACACCAUUUUGGGCAAUAAAACAGAUCCUGGGCUUUUCCAAUUAGUAUCCAAUCAGUUAUUCCAGCAUGUGGCAGACCAGGUUGAUAAGAGGUACUUGAUUAGAUGCAGUUAUAUUGAAAUCUACAAUGAAAAGAUCAAUGACCUCCUGGAUAAGAGCAAUCAGGGUUUAACUAUGAGAAGAUAUCAAAGGAAAUGUGCUGCUUGA